AUGGACACGUCAGACUAUAAUUUUAAAAUACUACAGCUUUUAUCGGACGAAAGUACAUACAAAAAGGUCAAAACAGACCCCACAACUAACACCCUUAAAUCAACUAGCGAUUUAAUAAAGAAACACUCCGAAAAAUUAAAUCUCGACGUGAAUUCGCUAAUACCAUCAUGUACUAAACCACCGAGGUUGUAUGGGUUACCAAAGAUACACAAACCAAACGCUCCACUACGUCCUAUAGUGAGCCAGAUCGAUUCACCAACUUAUAAGCUGGCACAACACUUGGCAAAAGUACUGUUACCACUGAGAGGACAUACCAGAGCACACACAAAGGAUUCAUACCAUUUUGUUAGUGAGAUAAAAGACCUACAUCUCGCUGACAAUGAAACUAUGGUCAGUUUUGAUGUUCAGUCACUAUUCACAUGCCUACCUAUUGAAGACUGCAAAUCAAUUGUAACUAGGAAGCUAGAAUAUAAUAACAUGCUUGCUGAAUAUUCAGUAUUACUCAAACACUGCCUCACAUCUGGCUACCUAUUGUGGAAGGAAGAGUUCUACAAGCAAGUAGAUGGUGUGGCGAUGGGCUCACCUGUAUCUCCCAUAGUCGCUGACAUAUUCAUGGAGGACUUCGAGGAGAAAGCCCUUCUUACUGCUCCUGUAAAUCCAAGAUUCUACAAGCGAGAGCACGAGGGAUCUGUGACAGAAAACAUCUGGCCGCCGAACUUCAGCAUGUCAAGCAAGUAUUGCAAGACAACAAGCUUCGGGUCCCGCGCCUACGUCACAGUGACCGAGUGA